AUGGCAGAUGGAAGCAGCACACCUGCGGACCGACAUUCACAUCACUUCAAUGUUAGAUUCAAAGACAAUGUCACUGAAGAGUACACUAUUUACUGUGAUCAGCCUUGCACAGUGCUUGAGGCAAUAAAAUCAAGUAAAAGAUAUAACAAGCUGAAGUGUACUGAUGAAAACAUUGUAAUUCAGCUCCGUAAGACAGACAGGGAAUGUGUUGUUGCAACACAUUUUCCUUGUUCUUGCGUAGGGGAUGGGGCUUUACUUAUCCUAUCAUGUAAACCAGAAAAGAUUGAAGGGGUCCUAAACAAACCCUCUGAAAUAGUACAUCCAAGAAACAGAUACUCUGUGUUCUACAUUGAAAGCCAGGGAGGAAAAAACUCUAGAACAAAAGAGAUCUUAAGAAAUAACACAAUGAAACAGUUUACGUAUCUGUGUGUCUACGGAGAGAAAGGGAUGACUGUGGAAGAAUGUCUGAAAAGAGACGGUCGCUUCAUUGAUAACCUCGGUGACUUUGAGCUGUCUGACAGUAAGAAUCAUGACCGCUUCACUGAGCAUACGCAAAAGGUUGACAACCUACAUGAAAAAGAAUUUAAGAUAUGUCUUCCACGGAACAAGAAUACUAAUUGGAGUGACUCAAAAGUCUUAGAAGUAGCAAAGCGGAGAGGAACCAGUGUGAAAACAUCACUGGAUAAAAGUGGCAGCAGUGAGACCACUGAGAUUUAUAAAAUACUGCGUCAGCAGUUUCCAAAACUGAAAGAAAUCAUGGAGAGUCGAUUCCCAGGUGAUUCUUAUGAGAAAGCCGUGAAUCUGAGGAAGGAAAACUUUGGAAAGAUCCAGAAGUCCUUUAGUGAAGUUCACAGAGUCCGAAAACUGCUGGAACUGAGCAAGUCAGUCUGUAAAGUUGUUGUUGAGAAUGGUCGUACAGGCACAGGCUUCGUACUGUUUGAUAACUUUAUCCUGACUAACGCACAUUUAUUUAUGGAUGAAGAAGGUAGAGUAACUCUGGAGGAUAUAGAUACGUUUACUUUGUUUAACUAUGAUGAUCCUGAUGAGCGUGACAUUAAUUGCAGCUGCUUUAAAGUUAAGAAUACACUCACUGAAUUCAUUGAUGGUGAACUAGAUUAUGCUGUCCUUGAGCUCAACCCUGAGGGCCCGGAGGUGCCACCAGGGCUCCUGAAGAAAUUUGGUCCAGUGCCUCAGAAUGGUGAAGCCUGUAUUAUUGGCCACCCAGCAGGAGAAAUCAAACAAAUGGAUCCCACAUGCAUCAUUGAGAAAGAGAACAGAGGAAAGGCUGUUGAUGAUCAUUUAGAGCUGUACAGUGACUUCCCAUUAGUUAUACACUCAAUCAGGCAAGUGAUCACAAAUCAAGGCAUUAAAAACAUCUUGAUGGGUGGAAAUAAAGCAGAGAGAGUAGUGACUUACAAAACGUUCAUGUAUCACGGCUCUUCUGGCUCCCCAGUGUUUGAUGCUCAUUGCAGAGUGUUUGGUUUGCACACAGCAGGAUAUACCUAUGGGUUUAAAGACCACAAAGAGAGUGUAAUAGAGUACGCCCAACCCCUGCGUACUAUAUUUAAAAGCUUAAUGAUCAAGAUUGAGAAAAGUGGAAAUGAGGAACUGUUGAAGAGAGUUAAGGAGGAAGCAAAGGGAAACCCAGACCUGGAAGAGGUUCUAAAAGUUGAGCCAGAAGAUGAUGUGUUAGUGAAAUCAGAGUAG